GAAGCAGCCGAAGGACUCAGCUUCCUGCAUUCGUAUGCGUCUCCUCCAAUAAUUCAUGGUGAUGUGAAAAGUUCCAACAUCUUGCUUGAUAAUAACUAUAUGGCCAAAGUGUCAGACUUUGGAACCUCCAUACUAGCCCCGUCUGACAAAGAGCAGUUUGUCACAAUAGUUCAAGGUACUUGUGGUUACCUUGAUCCUGAAUACAUGCAAACAUGUCAGCUAACAGACAAAAGUGAUGUGUACAGUUUCGGAGUUAUCCUUUUAGAGAUUCUCACAGGCCAAUUGCCACUAAAGCUCGAGGGGUCUGAGACGCAAAGAAGCUUGUCAUUGGUUUUCUUGUGUGCUAUGAAGAACAAUAAUCUAGAUGAUAUGUUGGCGAGCCAUGUGAAAAGCGAAGAGAGCAUGGAAUUGCUGACAGGACUUGCAGACCUAGCAAAGCAAUGCCUAGAUAUGCAUGGUAUCAAUAGGCCCUCAAUGAAAGAGGUUGCCGAUGAGCUCAACAAAUUGAGGAAGCUUUCAGUGCAUCCUUGGUUACAACUUGACAUGGAGGCAAAUGCAGAAAGCCUUCUUGGUGGAGAGCCAACCAGCGGUCAUGAAAUUGAAUUAAGUGGGUAUACUAUAGGAGAAAAUGAGAACCAACCUAUAAACCCAAGAAGUUCUUAUUAUGCUAAGUGAUUAAGACAUGCACGAUAUCCAUUGAAGGAUGUGCCUUCCAUGCUUGAGUUCUUCACAAACAUCCCUUUCUAAACAUUUUUCUCCUCGCAUCUGCAACUGGGAUUAAGCUUGUUACGAUGUGCACUUUAUUUUCUGGUUAGCACUAUUGCAUCUGUGUGUAUUUUAUUCAGUUUUAUUCGAUCCAUAUGUACUUCUCACACACUGUUAUCUAUGGAACAUAUUUGAAUCCACAUGGUAUAUAUUGUUUUUUGCGAAAAUCCACAUGUUAUAUAUGUAUAUAGGCGAAAUUGUGGAUAGCAAAAU